AUGGAUAAGAAGAAUAAUAAGAUUGUGUUUGUUGAAGCAGGGAAGGACUUUGUUGAUAUUCUCUUUGGUUUGAUGUCCCUCCCUAUGGGUGCAAUUGUUCGUCUGCGGGGGAAAACUGAGAAGAAACUCACUCUAGUCGGUUGCAUGACCAACUUGUACCAAAGUGUUCUUGCUCUAGGCAAAGCUUCUUUCUCCACCAAUGAGAGUAGGGAACUACUUCUGUACUCAAGAUAUUUAAGAGGAAGGCAGUGUAGGACCCUUGGCAUAGAUGAUAGCGAAGAAGUGAAGCUCUUUGUGUGCCCUGAUUCCCAAACUGUCCAUUUAUGUGCUAUUUCGUAUAGUUGCUUCCCUUCAGUUCAGUGUACUUAUGGGAAGUUGAUGUUUCACCUGAUUCCAAUUCGUCCUUCCAAAGAUGGUAGUGAAAUAUUCAAAUUGUGA